CGCGGGCCGUUUAAUGGUGCAGUCCGGGUUACAGGAAGUUGUAGCGGCUGCCAUGUUGGGCUGCUUUGUUGUCGGCGCUGCUCGAGUUCCUGUGGGUCCCUGAUCUGAGUGGCGGUCGCGAUGGAGCCGAGCUGGAGCACGUUCUUAUUCCAGACAAAUGAAGCAUUACAUCACCAGCACCAGGUGGCACAGAAUAGUCUGCUUCCUCUACUGAAUUCUUCUUCAGAUCAGACAGACCAGAAGCCUGUUCUUCCUAUUCCCUUGGAGCAGAAACCAGUUGUACCUGAACUGAUGAAAGACAAUGGCCCACCUGUGGGCACUAUCAAAAAGGAGCAGAAAACCAAAACAACCUUUGUCUGUGGGUAUUGCAGCAAGGCUUUCAGGGACAGCUACCAUUUGCGGCGGCAUGAAUCCUGCCACACAGGAGUCAAGAUGGUGUCACGACCAAAGAAGACCGCCCAGACGGCCCCCACUAUGGUGCCACUACUUUCUACAGUCUCACGAGAAAACAGCAGCACACCUUCCUAUGUCUCCACGAUAGCAGGCAUUCUGACUACUGCCACAACCUCAGUUUCUACAGGUGCCAGCAUUAUGUCAGCCAGUGUUCUCCCCAACACACAGCCGCCUGCCCCCAAAAAACCACCAAAGCCAGUGAAGAAAAACCAUGGAUGUGAAAUGUGUGGUAAGGCAUUUCGUGAUGUCUACCAUCUAAACCGACACAAGCUGUCGCACUCUGAUGAAAAGCCAUUUGAGUGCCCUAUCUGCCAACAGCGCUUUAAGCGAAAAGACAGGAUGACCUAUCACGUGAGGUCCCAUGAAGGUGGAAUAAACAAGCCCUACAUUUGCUCAGUCUGUGGAAAAGGUUUUUCACGACCUGACCAUUUAAGCUGUCAUGUGAAGCAUGUUCAUUCUACAGAAAGACCCUUCAAAUGCCAAGUAACGGCUUGCACUGCUGCUUUUGCUACCAAAGACAGGCUUCGUUCACACAUGAUCCGGCACGAAGGAAAGGUCACGUGCACUAUCUGUGGGAAGAUGCUCAGUGCAGCCUACAUCACCAGCCAUUUGAAAACGCACGGUCAGAGCAACUUCACAGCUCCAUGUAACAAAGGCUUAGGUGACUGGAUAUGGAACUCAGUGGGUGAAAGCAAAGACACUAGUGAGGUGUGUAACUCUGCAUCAGCCACUCCUGUAACAGCUUCAGCACCGGUCACCACUACUAUGAAUCGUGGCAACAUCAGCAGUCCCGUUACCAUUGCAGCACAGAUGAAUAUUACAACCAAUACAGUGAACAUAACUUCUCCAGUCAACAUCCCACAUCCGGUGACGAUAACUGCACCAGUCAAUAUCACCUCUGUCAAUAUUCCAGCAACAGCACCCAUGAAUAUUGCACACCCUGUGGCCAUAACUACACCAAUGCCAAUCUCCACUGCUAUGAAUAUCACAGGCCCUUUAAAUAUUGCAAUGAGGCCAAUGGAGAGCAUGCCUUUCCUGUCCCAGGUGCUGCCAUCUUCACCGCCUUGGUAAAGCUCUUCUGGCACAUGAAUGGAGAAGGCAUGGUGAGAAUCUCUCCCUCUGCUUGGGUGUAGUAUGGCUACGGGGACUAAAAGAGGAGGAGAUGGUCGGAUGUAGUAUUAGAGCUUUCAGAAGCAUCACACAUCCAAAAUGCAGAGUUGUUAUUUCCCGAAUAAACUGUAUGUUACAAAACAUAUUCGUAAGGAUGCAUUGCUUCCAAGAUGAACUUAUGCAUCUUGCUCGUCUGUGUUGCAGACUUUGCUGAAUGGAGUGUGGUGAGUGAAAUAAAAAGUAAAUGCACAGGGAAGUGCAAAGGACUUUAUGACACAGUGCAUCAGUCUGUUUUUUAGCCUGCAAAUCAGUAUUUAAUAUUGUUUUAAAGUUUUUUUGUUUUUUUAUGACAAAGGGAUUGGAAAGGAAAAAAAAGACUUUUGGUGGGAGGGCAAAGAUUUAUUUUAUCUGAAAUGUAUGUCAAAGCAGGGAUGUGCUGCUCUUUUUAUUUUUAUGAGGUACGGAAGCAGUAUCAUACUUUAGAUUGGAUAAGUUUGUUUGAAACCUGCCAAUCAUGUCACCACAAGUACAACAACUCUUUUGUGCAUUUCUUACAGUAGUUUUUUUUUUUUUAUUAUUAUUUUUUAAAGACGCAUGGCUAUACAGUAAAAUGGCUUCCUUACGAUGAAUGCUGAGAUAUGUUUCUGCAUUUGAGUUGUUUUCUUUCACUCAGAUAUGAGGCAAAUUUCAUUACUCUUACAAUGUUUCAAAUGAAAGAAGAACAAAACCUGCUCUGGCUUCAUACCCCAUUAUUAAUUUUAAAACAGUAUUAACAAUAAACAACAGAUUAUACACUAGUCUGCCAUUUGGCAGGUUGGUGCCGCAGAGUUCAAAGUGCCAUCGAGUGUCUCGGCGGGGAGAACUGACUUAAGCGAGUGAUCCUGGUGGCCACAGCAAUGUUAUGCUAGCAUGCAGUGUAACAUUUUAUGUUUUGUUCUUGUUUAUACCCUGCUUUUGUUUUGGACGGGAUAUCAGAGAAAUGGGGGAGUAGAAUUUAUAGGGUGACCAUGCACUCAGGAAGUUUGCUGAGAAAGUCCAAUAAUUCUGAACUGUUAAGAGUUCAUGUCUAACUUGUAAUAUUAUCUUGGAUUUUAACAUUACUUUGUAAAUAUAUAUUAGACCAUAUACAUGGUUGAACUAAACUAAAAACACGCCUUUCACUGAGGUGCGAUCCAAGAACUGUGUUUAAAGGCCACCGUCCAUUUACCAAAAAAAAAAAAAAAAACACAAAAAAUCAAACGUGAUUUUUGUCAUUACAUCUGGCUCCACCGUCAAAAGACUUAAGAUUAAACCAGUGUGUAAAAGACCUUCAUGCACUUCACAAAAGGUUUGUAAAUGCAUGAAAUUCCUGAAAUCUGAAAAAAAUUAUAUUCAUAUUUUACUGCUUCUUCACAAACCAAUAUAUUUUUCAGCAAGUUCCUCUAAGGUUCCUUUUGCUGUUGCCUUUUCACAGUUAUUGGGGUCAUUUAUUACUCAAGUUACAUCUGGUACAGCCCAUCCCCAAAAAAUGCCCAUUUGCACAGAGAAAUGUUUAAUUUUUUUGUCUUUAAAACACUACAACACUCCAUAGGGGAAAAAGACUAAGAUUUACGCUAAUGUUGUAACUUGUGUACUCUUUUCUUUUUUUUUUUUUUUUUUUUUUUUUUUUCCUCCAUAUUCAGAUAAAGCAAGUUUCCACAUCUUCUUGAGUACUUUGACUGUAAUUGUUUAAGUUUAAGUAAUCAUCAGCUGAACAAACCAUGGAAGUGGUACUUUAAAUUAGAAAUGUUAUUUUAAGUUUUAAGUGUAAAUGAUAGCAUAUUUAAAAUGUUUAUAAUUUGUUUAAUCAUGCUAAUUGAGAAGAAGGAGUGGCUAGCAAACCUGAUGACAUUAUUAGUUUCCAGGGUCUUAAUAACAACCCAAACCUACAAGAUAGGAAGAUAAACCAUGGAUAUCAGAUAAAACCUAACUUACUUGAACCUAAAUGGUUUCCAAGUCUUCAUUCAGUAGUCAUGUUGUAUACUUUCAAUUGUUCUUUAAUCACAUUAAUAAAAUGACAAUUUUGGUCUUAACAAAUAUGUGGGAGAAAAAAAUGACCAGUUUUAAGAAAAAUAUUAAAUGAAGUCAUCUACACAGCCCAAACACCCCCUCAUUCAGCCCAAACACCCCCUCAUUCAGGUUUUCAUUGAAGAUUAACACCUAUGCGUUGCAAAUUAAACAUAACCCUCAUUGCAUUAUGUGACCUGCCUCAUGCGGCAUGCGUUCUGAUUCUGGUAGUGUGCAUUCAUUUAAAUGGCCGCAUAUAUGCGUGGGCAUGUCUAGAUAGGAGCAGGCCUCAUUCAAUUGCAGCAUAUGGUAGCAAAGUUAUCACUGUGGUCAGCAUUCACCAACAGCCUGCAAGAUACAUUCUCAGCAUCCCCCUUGCCCCACCCACUGCCUGCCUGCCUGUGGCACCAUGGAGCACAUGGUGGCCGUAUUCUUAGGUCAGAUUCUUGGACAAGGGGGAGGGGGGGUUGCCUUCAUGCAACAUGGCGUUUACUUGUGUAGCAUAACAUUAAUUUUUUACUUGUACUGUUGAUUAGCCCAGUGUACCUGUGGCAGACUGUCUCAAUAGCCUGAUCUUGGACCCCUGUGAAGGCAAAUGAAUGUAUAUGUUUGUACAAUACCAUUUAGUUCCGCAGAUGUGGUAGUAAUGAUAGACAUUUGUGCAAGAGAAAAGUUAAAUAACCUUUUAUAAAAUCUUUUUUAUUAGAACAUUAACAAUGGUAAUUUUUGUAUAUAUGAAGACUCUAGGCUUCCUGAUUAGCAGAAAGGAAAACAACAUUCCUACAUUUUUUUAAAUGUAUGUUUGUCAAAAUAAUAAUUAUGUAAACAUAUGCCCAAUGUUUUAUGUGCCUUUUAUUUGGGUUGUCUAAAUAAAAGAAAACUAUAAAACACAG